UUUUUAAUACAUAGACAGUUAUUGUGAUGACGGUAACUGUGGGGUGAGGACGUGUGUCGCUUGCCUUCACAGUUUCGCGAUAUCAUGCAAGUCCGAUAGAUAAUUCGGAAAAAUUAAACUUAAUAUAAUAGAGACCUAAAUCCUUAAAAUUGAUAAAUAAACAAUGAAAAUAUUUUAGUUUAUUUUUUGAGUGUAAGAAUAUUGUGAAAAUGGAUGAAGCUUUUGCGCAUUUGGAUGGAAGUGAAAGUAGGAAAAAUAGAAUUUCCAGAAAGGACUAUGUGCCGCCAGACGGAGGCUGGGGUUACGUCGUCUGUCUUGGUGUUGGAUUUACAUUUAUGCUGGGUUUCGGAUCAUCGAACGCGUUUGGUAUUUUGUUCCACAAUUUCUUCUUAGAACAAGACAGUGGCAGCGGUCUACCGCUCGUUAUCGGCGUAUAUAAUGGAGCUCUCUCCAUAGCAGGUUUUUUGGGAGGAAUAGCAUUGAAGAAGUAUUCGUUUCGUCAAGUUGGCUUGGUUGGAGCUGGACUGUUCGUUCUUGGAGAUAUCCUUACUAUAUUUGUACAAAGAACGUAUCAAUUAGUAUUUACAUUUGGAGUUGUACGAGGUGCGGGGUUCGGAGUAAUGAUACCAGUCAGCUUCACAGCGUUUAAUUGUUAUUUCACCACCAAAAGAACGGCCAUGAUGAGUGCAAACCAAACAAUGAGCAGUAUUGCGUCGAUAACAUUUCCUAUGCUGGUGACAUUCUUACUCUCAGAAUACGGGUUUAGAUGGACCUUGGCAUUGAUAAUGGCAGUGGAUUUGCAUUUAGUCUUCGCCAUGCUUGUUAUGCAUCCUGUGGAGUGGCAUUAUAUUAAGGCGGAUAAAGUUGACAUAGAUUCGCCAUCAAAGUGUGACGUCAGGAAAUCUAAAAAAUUAAGUAUAGAUUCGUACAAUGAAGCAAUGGUAAAAAUGUUACCAGGUGAUGACAUUGAAAUUCAAGUAGGGGACACGCAACCAAAGAAACGUGAAUCAAUACAAAAGAAUAUCAUAAAGAUAAUUUAUGACAAUGUCGACAUGGACUUGUUGAAGGACCCUAAGUUUGUAAGCACACUCGUCGGAUUGGGUUUUGCUUUUGUUUCAGACGUUACUUACUUAGCUAUGGAACCAACACUCCUGUUUUUCUAUGGAUUUAGUAAGAUCCAAGUGGCAACCUGUGUGAUGGUCGGAGCGAUUUCCGAUUUACUAGCUCGAUUUGGAUUGGCCGUUUUCACAUAUUUCUUCGUCGUUGACAGUAGACUGCUUUUCUUUGUUGGUACUUGCAUAACAGUAUUUCUUCGCAUUGGUUUAGUAGCAUCCAGCGAACUGUGGUUCGUGUUCGCUGUCACGGCCAUAUCAGGUCUCGUCAGAUGUUCAGUUCAAGUCUUGUUCCCUUUGGUCCUGUAUGCAGCAGCUCCGGACAAAUUUCCCGCAGCGUUGUCACUGCAUAUAAUAUUUUCAGGAUUCUUAAUGCUUAUAGCAGAUCCACUUAUAGGUGUAUUGUACGAGGGGACCGGCAGUUACGUGUAUUGUUUCUUCGCGAUGAGUUUUUGUUGUUUAAUAUGCGUUGUACUUUGGACUAUUGAAUUCUUUAUGUAUCGUAAAAAUAGUUCUGGGAUUUUAUAAAUAAUAAUCAUUAAUUUAAUUGAUAUUUAUAAGCCCGUGAUGUGGUCGAACGAACAGUGAUUUAAUGAGUUUGAUUUGCACAUUGUAAUGCAUUUAGAUAGUAGCUAAGAUUUUAUUUGUUGACCAAAAUACCUUCAGAAAGAAUUUCAAUCAGACUUUAGACGCGAAAGAAAUUUUUAUUGCGUGAUAUUUUCUAGGUUGGAUUCGUGAUAGAAUGACGGUAGGCUUGAUAGUUAUUUAAUUGAUUCAAACGUGUAUGUAUAUCACCAGAACUGUCUUAUGUAUGGUGUUAUGUUGUUCAAUACAACUACUGUAUCUCAUUUAAGUCUCUGUGGCGGCCUUAGUAGCAGGCGAAUCAGGUAACCGCUCGGGGCCUCGAGCUUACAUGGGCCACGCGCGGUUGUUUGGAGGACUUUUUUUUAUCUAUAAAAAUGUUAAUCAGGGAGAUUUUUGGCUCCGCUCGGGGCCUCGUCUCAGUUAUUUGCGCCGCAGGGUGUCUCGUCGGUUUCGUUUUUGCUUUCGUCUAGGGCUUGGUCGCCACAGCUAAAGUCUCAUGUAGAUAUUUACUACGCGAUGCCAUUAUAGCAUUUGGUACUAAUUUAAACUUAUCUCUUUUGCCUGAUAGAUAAAGCAUCCUUUUUGAUUUUUUAUCUUAUAUUAAAUUUAUAGUAUGCUCUCUAAUCGUAUAUUUUAUUGAGGCCGCAAUCAAACCGAAUUUUAUUAUGAAUAUCACCAUUUAGGCGAGUAAUUUAUAUUAUUAUAGAGCAAUACAAAAUGCGUAAUUAUUGAUUAAUUUUCCUACUGUUUGAAAGCAUUGUAGUAUUAGACUGUUUUGGGACUGAAUUUAGAACUUCUAUAUUAGAUAUUAUUCCAAGAAAGAGAUAACAUCAGACAGGCGGUCGGUCUUAAGCAAGGUUUAGAUUAGAAAACUUUCAGAAGUCGACCUCCGCAAGCAAUUUGUACUGUUUAAACGCAAGAAGGCAAGCUGACUUGUUCGAAUUUUCAACCUUGCAGGACUUGUGGCAAUUCGCGAGUGUAUAGAACUUUUGAAAUAUUGCCACUAAUGUAAACGGAUUAGGGACGUAUUGCUGCAAGAACUUGCUAGUGUAAACUUAGCACUAAAUUAAGCCAAAUGCUAUGUGAAAAAGUGUUUUGUGUUGACUCAACAUUUCAGUUGGAUAAGAAAAGGUAGACUAGAGUAAAGUAAAGAGUAGCCCUUAAAAAUAUAUUUCCAGAAAAUCGGAAUAUUUGAUGCAUUGAGUCCGAACUAAAAUUAUAAGAAUAAGUUAAAAUUAAUAAUUAAUUAGGAUCAAAAAUGUUAAUUAUUUGGUCAGUGUGUUUGUUAUGAAGUGUGAUGUUUUAUUGAUGGCAUUUUGAGAAGACAAUUGAGAAAAUAUGUUCCUACAUAUAUUUAUGUAAGUUAUAUUGUAUAUUUAUUGUUCAUCAAAAUGUAAUAAUAAACAAGUGCAUUCCUUACGAUUUCGUUAAUUUUUUAAUCGAUUUGUAAGCAGAUACUUUUAAAAUGUUAUUGUAUUUUAUUGUAAGAAGUAUGUUAAUUAUUAUUUGUUAUGAAUCGAUUGAACAGUUUAAUGAAAAGUUAAGGUAUAAUUGAAAACAAUAGAAAAUCUUGAAUAAUUACUACUGAUGUUAUAAGAAUCCUACCAGUUUAAUGUAAAUAAGAUUUUUGUAAUUCUUAGCGAUAAGUAAUAAAUAUGUAACUACUAUAGAGUUGUUAUUAUAUAAAUAAUAUAAAAGUAAUAUCAGCCCCGUAGGCUAUAUUAUAUAUUGUCCCACUGAUGGGCACGGGCCACUUCUAGAUAGAACAAUUAGAAGCUUCUGAGAAGGAUUAGGUCUUAGUCCACUACGCUGGCCUAGUGCAGGUCGGUAGACUUCAACCUUCGAAGUUAUAAGGCAUGAUUUUAGGCACAGAGUAAAAGAUAUCAACUUGUUGCCCAGACAACACAACAGUACUAUGAAAUUGACACAUGCUUUCACAUUUUAACCCUUCAACAACUUCAUUAACUUCAACGACUGUCAAUUUUACUGUCGUGUAGUGUAUCUCGGCAUUAAGUUGAUACAUGCGAUGAUAAUUUUGAAAUAGCCGGUUGUAUGGGGUCACCACGGUACUAUGUGUGCUAUUACGUAGGAUAGGUACAUAUGUUUAUAAGUUUAUAACCCUGUAAGUCCUGUAGGUAACCAGCAUUCUAUAUUGAGUACUCUUCUCUUAGCUUUUUGAACGUUAAAAUCUGGUUAAAAAAUUAUAAAUAGUAAUUUAAAAAAUAAUUCUUUAUCACUCCGUAGUCCGUACACAUAAUAUUUAAUGAGGCAUAUAAUAGACACUCUACGCCCAGCAUACUUGGGUUAAAACCACGUUAACCCAGCAUACCAAGUAUGCUGGGCGUAGAGAGCAUGUUUUAAUUGGUUAAAACCACGGUGGCUAUCUCCGACGCAUUAGGAACGGCUGUGGGCUACCUCUGUCAUUAGAUUUAGCCUGUUAGAGCUUUCAUGUUUUAAAAAUAUUAUGAAUUUAUAAACUUCACUAUCUUACACAUUAAAGUUAUAGGCCAAUCUGACAAUAAAUACUAGACAUAUUCAAUCACGUGCAAAAGGUUAUGUGAAAUUAUCAAAAGCAACACUUAUAGAAUGCUCUGUCCCAGUAUAAAACUCACAACAUAUUGUAUUACAGCGUUAUAAGAAAACUAAAAAGAUAAUAAGUUAUAUAAUAUUUUUUCAAAAUAUUUCUGUAGAUCACGCGAUACAAAGAAGGUAAAUAUAAAGCAGCUCAAAACUACAGUAAUUUAUUUUGACGUAUAUCCUUUUUUGAAUACGGUUGCAUUUAUUAUCAAUCAUCAUCAUCAUCAUCAUUUCAGCCAGGAAUCGUCCACCGCUGGACAUAGUCUUCCCCCAUUGAGCGUCAUAGGGACCGGUUCCGGGCCGCCCUCAUUCAUCGGACUCCGGCGACCCUCACUAGGUCGUCGGUUCAUCUCGUGGGGGGCCUAGCUACUCUGCGUCUUCCAGUUCGUGGUCGCCACUCGAGACCUUUUCUGCCAGAACGGCCAUAAUUUCUACGAGCUAUGUGCCCUGCCCGCUGCCACUUGAGUUUGGCAACUCUAAGGGCCAUGUCGGUUACGUUGGUUCUCUUGCGCAUCUCCUCAUUUCUGAUUCGAUUUCGCAGGGAAAUUCCGAGCAUAGCCCUCUCCAUUGACCUUCAGUCUUCUGAUAAGGCCCAUAGUGAGCGACCACAUCUCAAUUCCAUUUAUUAUAGUCGACAUAAAAUUAAACCUGCAAAGUUUUUAAAUUAUAUAUUCGAAGUCCAGACAUGUUAUUAUUUUAGAGUCAACUACGACUGAAUCUUCUAAAAGUAUGUAUGUUCAAAACAAUUGUUAUUUAGGUAUUAGUGAUCCGAGAUAAUGUUAUUCAUAUUGUACAAUUUAUGCAUUAUAAUUCACUUAAAUAAAUUUCUCCGAAGUCAUUAUUUUUACAUCUGU